GGCGUGUGGAGAAAAAGCGUCGGGGGGACGGCAGCUGGCCAGGUUCAUCCAGAAGUGCUUCGCGACUGCGUCAGGGAUUAUCAGGGUACUGGAAGCAUGGCGUCCCUGCAGCUGCUCAGAGCUCCCUUCCUGUGUGUUCUGCUCUGGGCCUUUUGUGUUCCUGCUGCCAGGGCCCAGGAGCAUAGGGCUGGUGUCCACCAUGGCAACGUGGGCCUGGACAAGAGCACAGUGCACGACCAAGAGCACAUUAUGGAACAUCUGGAAGGUGUCAUCAACCAGCCAGAGGCGGAGAUGUCCCCACAGGAACUACAGCUCCAUUAUUUCAAAAUGCAUGAUUACGAUGGCAACAGUUUGCUUGAUGGCUUAGAGCUCUCGAUGGCCAUCACUCACGUGCACAAAGAGGAGGGGAGUGAGCAGGCCCCACCCAUGAGCGAGGACGAGCUCAUCAGCAUCAUAGACAGCGUCCUGAGAGACGGUGACAAGAACAAUGACGGCUACAUCGACUAUGCAGAGUUCGCCAAGUCGCUGCAGUAGGUGGCUGGCCCUUUCCUGUGCACACGUGACCCUUGCUAAUGUGAUGGACAUUCUGGUAAUGAGAAGCAGCUUAUUUCUGUCUACUGCUGCAGCGCUGGUAAAGCCUGUGGCAGUCUGUUAGACUGAGGUAGGAGGAAGCCACAAGGAAUACGGAGAGAAGUGGGGCAGUGUCCUUACGUGCGUUUAAACCUGUUGGACAAGAGCUGGAACCUUCCGAAGGGUGGUGGGGUAUCUCAAGCUCCCGGGAACCUGACUCUAGAUGCCACUCUAACUUCUUGAUGUUAUUUCAUGCUACCUGAAAAGUAAACACAGUCUGCUUUGCCAAGUGGACACUUCAGUGACGGUGGAGGGAGAGCCGAAAGCCGCAUGCCUUCCAGUUGGGUCCUGCCUCUGGGCAGAUGUGGUCAGUAUGCUGUUCCCCAGGCAUACAGCAUCACGUCCUAAAGCCACAGCAGGAGAAGAAUGUCACCCACGGAGUCCACCAGACGCAGAGUGAAGACUCCUUACCCACUGGCAUUUUGGAAGCGAAGCGCCAUUGGCCUGAAUACUUAGCCUUUUCAGAUCUUCAGUAUCUUACACAACUACUGCCACAGCCUGUGCUCUGUCAUUUCAGCCCGAGAGAAACCUUGAAUUGGGUGUGCUCUCCGCUCACCACCCACCGUUUGAGCUCCCUGACCUUGUGUUUUAUCCUUGCUCCCAGGGCUCCCUUCUCGGCCUAUGAACUAUUAACUUGGUAUCGCAGGUUUAAACUGUCAGCUGCUCUAGCCUAAGUCAGACCAGAAAAGAUCAGUCACUAAGGGUGGUGGCUAACCUCAUCCAAGUUUUGAAGGAAUGUUUUAAAAUUACCUCUUUGAGCCUGAAUA